AACAUGACAAAAAAAAAAAAAAAAAAAAAAAAGAAGAAUCACCGUUGGGCUAUGCGGCAAUUCUAUGCCAUAUUUAUUAAAAAAUAAAACUAUAAGUGCUUGUCCUUUUUUCUCACAACCCAUGUUUGUCCUUGACGUCAUUUUGCAUAAAGUAUAUGAAGCCCCCGCCCAAAAGUACUACUGGAAAAUGGAACACCAUGUGCCAAAGAAACCUUCUGGAAUGAAAUGGUAAUCAAAUACAGUGAAGGAAAAGUUUGUGCACCAAGAAAUGUAGCUUUGCACUCUGUCGCAGAAGAUAGUUCAGAAAGAGAUCCUUACCAACUGCAGGGUUCGGAGCAAACAAGUGUAAGAUGUUUGGCACUCAUAGCUGAUACUACCCUUGACUUCACCUUUGUGUUUUUGAGAGUAAAAAGUUUCAUGUACCUCUUAAUAUUUAUUAAGUACAAUGCAAUGUUAGUAGGAUUGAGCAACUAUUACUUGGACACGUGUUAUUAUAUCUUAUUCAAUGGUAAGCGUCACUUCAAGAAAUACCCAAGACUCAAGAAAAGAAUUGGAUUGAAGCAGAUAUCGGCGGAAUUACAAAAAUGUCAAGGCCACUCAUAG